AGACACUCAAAUAGAUCUUCAGGAGGAACCAAUCAAAAACACUAUUUCAAACCAUGUGUGUCGGUCUGAAGACCCUGAUACAGAAGAUACAGACAAUCAGAGUUCAGGUAUAAUUGCUGGAACAGUAACAUCGAUGUUGGUGAUUGGGGUUGUCGUAGUUAUAGUUAUAUUCACAUAUAGAAGAUUCAACUUUAAAUCCCCGAAACGUAAGGCUAAUCGUAGUGAAAGAGACCCACCUACGAAUAAUAUGUAUAGACUGGAAAAACAUUCAGAGGCUCUAAGUAACGCAAUUGACAUGACAGUAAGUCCAAACUCCUUUACAAAGCCUCCAUCAGCUAAUAAUACAAAGGUACAUGUACAGAAGGCAGCAGAAGAGGAAAAUGUUGAUGCAUCCGAUCUUACAGAGAAAACAAUCAAUGCUAUUGCAAAUCCAGGAUACAACGAUCUUCAAGUAAAGGUCGAUACACAGACCAAUCAAAGUGGAGAUAAACAAGGUUCAAAUUCCUUGGCGAAUACGAUGACAUCUGCUGACUACGGCCUCGCAAAGACAAUAACAGACCUAGGUGAAAUGAAUAUUAACACAGAUAAUACAGACUACGACCAUUUAAGUAGUGUACAACUUCAGGAAAAAGACAGUGUGAAUGUGUAUGACCAUGUUCCGAACAUAAUUGAUUCAGAUGACACUUAUGACCAUUCCGCAAUAAACAUGCAUAAAUACGAAUCUAACAAUUAUGAUCACUUUGAUGUUCAAAACUAACAAAACUUGCGUACUGUAUGGUAUUAUCUCUACGGGUUCUUUGUCAUUUAUAUACUCUAUUUCGUAAGGUGUCACGAUAUUUUUUUCCGUUCAUUUUGUUUUUCUGUUAUGAUUCAGUAUGGUCAAUUGGUAUAGCAUGAGUAAUACUAUCAACUGUUUUGACGUUUAAAGAAUCAAAUUAAAGUUACUUGAUAUG